AUGUCGGGUGCGCCGAUCAUUACAUUCAAGGCGGGUAUCUGUGACCUCGAGACCACGCCCUCCGGCAUCACUGCUAGACCUCAACAGACACCCGGCUACCUCUACCUAUACUCCGAAGACGAUGAGUUGAUUCACUUCUGCUGGCGACCCCGGAACGCCCCUCUCUCAGAACCGGAGCUGGAUCUGGUCAUGGUUCCCUCCGAUGGAACAUUUACCCCAUACCGCAAAGGAAAGCCUGAAGAUGGGCGCAUCUACGUCCUCAAAUUCUCCUCUAGCUCCCAACGGUACCUCUUCUGGCUUCAAUCCAAAUCCCAACACGAGUCAGGCGACCCUGGAUACUGGAGCGAGAGGGACCUGAAACUGGGAUGGAUCGUCAACCAGCUGCUGCAGGGUGAAGAGGUAGAUGUAGAGAGCGAAGUUGCGAACUUUUCCCGCGGCCGAGGCCCUUCCAAUGGCGAUGAUGACGAGACAAUGGAGGAUGUUGAAGGCGUGGACCAUGACCCCAACCAUAACCACGGAGGAAACAGCGGUGGAGCAGGGCCGGAUGCCACAGGCGGAGAUGUGAGAGAAGAGGGACAGGAGUCCAGGGAGGGUGGAGCCGAUGGUGGAAGAGCGGCUCCCGCUGAGUCUUCAGCUAUGGUACAGGACUUUCUGAGAUCCUUGGGUGGUGGCCAGUCCCAGCAGGCCGAGCAGCCGUUCACUACACUACAAGACCUUCUCCCUCCGUCAACUACCCUACCUUAUCUCGACUCUCUGGAUGCCGAAGGUGCCGACAAUCUUUUGAGAUUCCUACCUCAAGAGCUUCUCAUUCUCGCACUUCAAAUGGAAGACCCAUCGGCCGCUCGCCCUCAAACCCCACAAGAUGUCUUGACCGUUCUCAAUAUCCAGCAGAAGAAGAACAUUCUUAGGAGGGUUCUACGCUCUCCUCAAUUCACCCAAAGUCUCGCAAGCUUGACCGUGGCCAUUCGAGACGGCGGUCUACCUAGCAUCAGCGAAGCUCUGAAGAUUCCAGUCGAAAAUGGUGGAUUCCUGCGCCGAGGCGGUGUUCCGCUUGGAGGUGGCGAUGCAGUAAAGGCGUUUCUUGAAGGCGUUCGGAAUCAUGUCAAGGACUCGACUCAGGGGAACCGUAUGGAGACCGACUAA